AGCACAUAAGCUUGUUCUUCGAUCACAUCCUAUCACUUGAUCAAUUCUAGCAGAUAAGGACUGACUUGUCCCACCUUCCUCUAAAGCAAAACACAGAAACUUCUCACCAUGCCGAGCCUUGAAUCCAUCAAGAAGGCACCAAGAGCCGACGGCUUCGCCUCCAUCUUGGCCAUCGGGAGGGCGAAUCCUGAAAACUUCAUUGAACAGAGCGCUUAUCCAGACUUGUUUUUCCGUAUCACCAACAGCGAGCACUUGGUCGACCUCAAAAAUAAAUUCAAACGCAUAUGUGAUAAAACAGCAAUUAGAAAGCGCCAUUUUGUUUGGACCGAGGAGUUUAUCACUGCAAACCCUUGCUUCAGCACUUUCAUGGAUAAAUCUUUGAAUAUAAGGCAAGAGGUCGCAAUAAGGGAGAUACCGAAGCUGGGCGCGGAGGCAGCAACCAAGGCAAUUCAGGAGUGGGGGCAACCUAAGUCCCGCAUCACUCACCUCAUAUUCUGCACCACGAGCGGCAUGGACUUACCUGGCGCUGACUAUCAGCUAACCCAAAUUCUUGGCCUUAACCCAAAUGUCGAGCGUGUCAUGCUCUAUCAGCAGGGUUGUUUCGCUGGCGGAACCACGAUCCGUCUCGCUAAGUGCCUUGCCGAGAGCCGCAAGGGCGCACGCGUUCUUGUGGUUUGUGCGGAGACCACCACUGUGCUAUUUCGUGGACCGUCUGAGGAGCACCAGGAUGACCUUGUUACUCAAGCUUUAUUUGCUGAUGGUGCAUCUGCGCUUAUAGUGGGUGCCGAUCCAGAUGAGGCGGCUGACGAGCACGCCAGCUUCGUCAUAGUCUCUACAUCUCAAGUCUUAUUGCCGGACUCUGCAGGUGCUAUUGGAGGCCAUGUAAGUGAGGGAGGUCUCUUAGCCACGCUUCAUAGAGAUGUCCCGCAAAUUGUUUCCAAAAAUGUUGGGAAGUGUUUGGAAGAGGCAUUCACCCCACUUGGUAUUUCCGAUUGGAACUCAAUCUUCUGGGUUCCGCAUCCAGGAGGUCGAGCCAUUCUUGAUCAGGUGGAGGAGAGUGUGGGGCUAAAGCCAGAGAAGCUGUUUAUUUCAAGGCAUGUGCUUGCAGAGUACGGUAAUAUGUCAAGUGUCUGUGUGCACUUUGCUCUUGAUGAAAUGCGCAAAAGGUCUGCGAAAGAAGGCAAGGCUACAACAGGCGAAGGCCUUGAGUGGGGUGUGCUUUUUGGCUUCGGGCCGGGCGUUACCGUUGAAACCGUCAUCCUCCGCAGUGUUCCAAUUUAAUACUAAAUAUUUUUGUGCAAAAGUGUUCUUAAAUGCUUGUAAUCCAGUGUUCCUCUUAUUUGUAAGGCUUGCAGCCCUUUUUUAUUUUGGCAUUUUAUUUUUCUUUAGCAACAUAUAUGUUAAAACUUGUGCAUGAAGAACAAGUAUUAUGAAUAUGUUUAUGGAGUUUCAUACAACUUUAUUUUACUAAA